CUGGAAGUUUGACUUCCGAGACCCACUUCCACUUCCACUUCCACUUCCUCAUCAAUGGAGGUCAUCCCUCUCCCUUCUCGGCUUCGCUUCUCUUCUCUCCAAUCACCCACUCCUUCUCUUCUCCGGCGAUCCCUUUCUCUCAAUGCCCACUCUACGCCGAUCCCGAUCGCAAUGCCGAUCGCUUGCGCUGCAGCGAUCGGACCAUGACGUUGUCGUCGUCGGCGCCGGCAUCAUCGGCCUCACUAUCGCCCGCCAGCUUCUCCUCAGCUCUGAUCUCUCCGUUGCUGUCGUCGAUGCCGCUGUCCCCUGCUCCGGUGCCACCGGUGCCGGGCAAGGGUAUGUGUGGAUGGCUCACAAAACGCCUGGGAGUGCGGUUUGGGAGCUAGGGUUGCGAAGCAAGCAGAUGUGGGAGGAGAUGGCGGAAGGGUUAGAGCGUGAUGGAGAGGAUCCAUUGGAUGUGUUGGGGUGGAGGAGAACUGGAAGCUUGGUAAUUGGUACAACUUCGGAUGAGCUAGUGAUGUUGAAGGAAAGGGUUAGACUUUUCUCACAAGCUGGGCUAAGGGCAGAGUACUGGUCCGCCUCUUCUCUGCUUUCAGAGGAACCGGCACUUGAAGUUGGAAAAGAAAGUAGUGCUGUAUUUUUACCUGAUGAUUGCCAGAUAGAUGCAGCACGAGCUGUUGAUUUUAUACAAAAGGUUAAUAAAGGUUUUGCUACAGAAGGCAGAUACACUGAGUUUUUUAACAACCCUGCCAUUCGCUUAUUAAGAUCAGAUAGAAAUGGAGAGGUUGAAGCUGUUGAAACUUCACAUAAUAUCCUGUAUGGUGAAAAAGCUAUUGUGAUUGCUGCUGGUGCUUGGAGUGGAACCUUGAUGCGAAGCCUGGUUGUAAAUUCUCCAACAUUGCCUGAUGUACCUGUGAAGCCUCGAAAGGGCCAUCUCCUUGUCUUGGAAAAUUUCAACAAAAUUCAGCUGAACCAUGGGGUUAUGGAGGCAGGAUAUAUUGGUCAUCAAGUUACGAAGAUACCCAAGGCAUCCCUAGUUUCAGAAACAAUCGAUGAACAUAGUUUGUCGUCUAUAUCAAUGACAGCAACAUUGGAUUCAAUGGGUAAUCUUGUUCUUGGCAGCAGCCGCCAGUUUACUGGGUUUGGUACAGAACUAGAUGAAUCAAUUGUUCAGAGGAUAUGGGAUCGUGCCGGAAAAUUCUUUCCUAGUUUGAGAGUGCUUUCUCAUGAUAUCAAGCAGUACAAGGAAAUUAGGAUUGGGCUCCGCCCAUACAUGCCUGAUGGGAAGCCGAUCAUAGGGCCUUUUCCUGGUUUACCAAAGGUACUCCUGGCAACUGGACAUGAAGGAAGUGGACUUAGCCUGGCUUUGGGAACUGCUGAGAUGAUUUCUGAUAUGAUCCUGGAAAACCCUUUGAAGGUUGAUUGUACACCUUUUCUCUAUCCACGAUAGCUUUUUUAGUUCAAUGUUAAUUAACUGGAGAUCUUCAUUGAAUCAAAUGGCAGAAUUUUUUCAGUGAUUUGAAUUCAGAACCCUGCCUUAAUGUGUAUUAUCUGUUUGCCACCUGGGGAGGCUUAUCAGAAAAACUACGUCCAGUUUUGUAUUCUAUAACAGAAUUUUUCGGCAACUGAGAAAAUCCUUAAUUUUGUAUUACUAGUAUCCGGCGCAUGCCUUUUUUUCCUUUU